GCGACACCACCAGCAUCGCUAUUCGCCAGUGUCGGCGGCUUAAAAGGGCGUCGUGCGAAGAGGCUCGAGCGCCGUAAGUCUACGUGAAGACGUUGUCUCACAGCCGCCAUCAGCCAGCCAUAAGGCACAUCCGUAACAUCCUUUCGCUGUCUUUCCCAAGGUAUCCAUCAGCUCCUUCCUUCAAGCUGGAAACCUCAAGUACAUGUCCUCGGAAUUGCUUGCAUUAAAUAGGCAGGGUACAAUCAAAAAGAUGACCGUCACCUCUUUUGCAUCGGCUUUUGCGAAGAGCUCAAACACUAGCAUACCACCUCAUGCGUUCGUAACGCUACUCACCACCGACGCGUACCUUCCCGGCGCUCUCGUUCUCGCACACUCAUUGCGCAAGCACCAUCCAUGGCCUGACGCCUCUGCUCCUGCUACGUUGGCAUCAACGUCAUCAAAAUCGCAAUUGCCACCGCCACGUUCUCAGCCGUACCACCUGGUAUGCCUAUGCACACCCGCCACGCUGCGCGUACAGACGAUAAAAGCGCUCCGCCAGGCAUUUGACGUCGUCAUUGGCGUUGAACCGCUCUCCUUUGCUGGUAUCGUGCGGGAUCGCGUCGAAGAGGAACGGACCACAGCGGCUGCCGCAUCAGCGAGUAGAGGAUCGCCGGGUACUGAGAAAGAUGCAGACGCUUGGAAGUAUGAAGAGAGCGCCAGGUCGAAACGGAGAGUGAGGGAGCUGGCAGAGCAGAAUCUCGCUCUACUCGGCCGACCGGAUCUUGGCGAAUCACGCGGGUCUGCUCUGACGAAGCUCCACCUAUGGCGGCUGACUGCGUAUCGCCGGGUGGUGUACCUCGAUGCCGAUAUGCUUGUUCUUGGCAAUCUCUCUGCGCUUUUCUUCGAUUUAUCUUCCUCGAACUCGAACUCAUUAUCGUCAGCUUACCCCUCUGACUCUGGUUCAAAUGGAACCGCAAGUUCGAGCCGUUGCGCACCAAUCUUAGCUGCCGCACCUGAUAUUGGCUGGCCUGAUGCCUUUAAUAGCGGCCUGCUGGCUCUGCAGCCGAGCCUCGAUACGUUCGCUGCGCUCAUAGACUUUGCCGUCGACAACGGCAGCUGGGACGGUGCGGAUCAGGGCUUGCUCAACGAUUUCUUCGGGGAGGCGCUAGAUGGAAGCAACAGCAACAGCACAUGUAAUGGGGAAGAGGCAGGUGCUCGGCGCGAGUGGGGGAGUUGGACGAAUGGCCUAGAUGGGUGGAGCGGGCCUGGGUGGAAAAGGCUCAGUUUCAAGUACAACGUAACUCCUAACGGUGGCUACACGUAUGCGCCUGCCUAUCAACGCUACGGAAAAUCCAUUCUAGCUGCACAUUUCAUCGGUUCGCACAAACCCUGGUCGCAAGUGCGUGCUGCAGCGCGGCAGCCGGCGAUAUCAGAUGGACAGCAACAGAGAGCGCCCCCUACGAACGACUACAACUCGCUUUUAACGCAAUGGCAUGACGUCUUCGAAGAGCACUAUGGCGGUGCCAAUAAUGGCCAGGAGAAGGAGAGCUGGGAAAGCACAUACGAUGUCAUGCACACUGACAAGGGCGUAGAAGUCGUCGAGCGCGCAGUGCGUAGGACCACCGCUACGCGCUUUGUGGUUCCUACCUAUGAGGCUGUAUGGGAUUCGUUGGGUGUUCGGGAUUCUUGCGACCGAGAAGGCCCAAGAGAUGGAGCUAGUGCUGGUGCACGCAGCCUCGACGACCUGAAGACUAUCUUCGCUGCAGGAGCUGCGCAAGGAGGGACACAGGAGCAAAAAUGGGGCGGCAUGUCCGUCAUUUACCUCGGCAACGAUGUUGCUGCAUAUUCUGCGCGAGCUGCGGGCGAAGCCUUUUACUUCUCCAUGCCGGUCCAAGGAAGACUCAGCCUUAUUCCGCCGCCGGCUUUGCCGUGGAUUGAAGAGGAGAAACGAGCGAUGGACAGCGAAGAGGCGCAGAGGGUGCAAGACUUUGCGAUGCAGCGCUGUCUCACGCCGGAGCAGGAGCGCGCUUUGGCUACAGGGCGUGUGGAGAGUGAGAUGGAGCGAAAGCAGCAGUCUCCGAACGAGGUGCAAGACGAUGCCACGCCGCCGUUAUGGUCUCCGCCUCAGUCCACGUGGAACCCGGCGCUGGCGCCGCCGCCGGCCACGUCUGGCGAAGAGUCUUAUCAGAUGCGUCACCCUCCCGACGCAUACUACUCCAAUGUCUGGGAUGAGCCGCACUCUCGCUCACAUACCCAAUCUUCUUCGGGCGGAUCAGCGACAAGCAAAGAUGAUUUCUUCCCGACGCGUCGAGUGGCUGAUGAGCGCAUCCCAGAUCUGUUGCAGCGUCAAGGCUUGUUCCAGCAUCUUGGCAACGAUCGGCCGGACCCGACGCGCGUCAAACCUGUUUUUCCAUGGGAGGAAGCGGGUCAUGCGAGCCAUGCUCCGUCGCGCGUCUUCCCCGACGAGCCGCACUUCUCGUCCUGGUCUUCCGCGUCGAAUAGUUCAGUCGCGCCAUCUGGCUCUCAGCCGCAGCAACAGCAGCAACUGCCCGCCAGUUCGCCGCCGACCGGGGCGCUAGGCUUCCAUCGCGGUUUGCCUGCCAACAUCAUGUUCGCCAAUGCAUGGGAUGAGGAUCCUUCCAUUGGCAGGUACGCUGAGCACGUGCGCCAGCGUACUCGAGGCGCCUCUCCGGCCGCCAGCAGCGCUAACGCUGGAUCGACUGGGCUGGGCGGGAGUACAAGUGGCAGUGAUCGGCAGCGCAAUAGCACCAACUUGAUGCGCUCGCGUUCCACGACGACUGCGGCAACGAGCCCGUCAUACGCGGACUUGGACACUGCUGAAGGGCAGGAUGAUGAAGGUGAUGACGAGUCUUCUGAUGGAGAGGGGGUUGUCGACGACGAUGACGAUUCGGAUGAUGAAGGCCUUGAUGCUGCUCAAGCUCCUCAGCCUGGAGCAGCGAUAGGACGCCGCAAAUCAUGGCGCAAGCAGGCACCCAGUGCGGACUAUCAUCGCAAAGCCGAAGCGUACGGUCAUGGCCACCACUCUGCCCUCUCUAGUCCGCGUUCAGCACGAUUGGCCACGCUCGAUGCGUCUCCGACCUCAUCCUCCGCCCGGCCGAUUCCUGGUCAUGGCAGAUCGCACCGCGCAAGGAGUGAGGCAGACAAAGGUGCCUAUUAUGGUCGGCCGGGCAGCGACAACUUGAGCGCCAGUGCAGAUGGAAGCGGAAGCGGAAGUGCCAGCGGCGCGAGCUCCGCCUCGGGGGGAAGUUCUCCCACGCAUCGUGGCGGUGUCGGCUCCGUCUCCAGUCUCAGCAGCGUCAUCCUUGCCAGCUCCAGUCCGCAAUUCACACGCGCAGAACUCAAGCAGAUGCAAAGGACAAAUGCGCAGGCACGGAGCUUCCUGCCAUGAGCGCUUCUCAUGCCUUGAACUAUCUGUAGUGUCAUAUUCUCAAAAUGUCC